AUGGAUGCAUCGCAGGACUCGUGCAGAAAGGGUUUACCACAACAAGGUUUAACACAACGGGGUUUAACUCAACGAGGUUUAACACAACGGGGUUUAACUCAACGGGGUUUAACUCAACGAGGUUUAACACAACGGGGUUUAACUCAACGAGGUUUAACUCAACGAGGUUUAACACAACAAGGUUUAACUCAACGAGGUUUAACACAGCGAGGUUUAACACAACGAGGUUUAACACAGCGAGGUUUAACACAGCGAGGUUUAACACAGCGAGGUUUAACACAACAAGGUUUAACACAGCAAAGUUUAACACAACAAGGUUUAACACAACGAGGUUUAACACAGCGAGGUUUAACACAACAAGGUUUAACACAGCGAGGUUUAACACAACAGGAUUUAACACAGCGAGGUUUAACACAAAGGGGUUUAACACAACGAGGUUUAACACAGCGAGAUUUAACACAGCGAGCGAGGUUUAACACAGAGAGGUUUAACACAACGGGGUUUAACACAAACGAGGUUUAA